AGAAAGUCCAUGGUUGAGACAUGAAGGGUGAUGCGUGCUGUGUUGCUGGACAUCCCAGUCCAUAUGUGAGAAAUCGUGCUGGAGUGAGUCGUUGAAAUUGGAGGACUGAUCUUCAGCUGGAGUGGAACCAUUGGAAACAUGUUUGCCUCAGCUGCGAUAGUCUUCACCUUGUGUUUCUUCUCACUGAAUCCUGCUUUUGGACAGGACUGUCCAAGUAGACAGGAACUACAGGGAUCUCUGAAGCAGGUCCAGAAGCUCCUAUCGGCAUAUGAAACCUCCAACUUGCAAAGUCUUCGCAACCUGAAGAAGAAAAUUAACCUGUUGCAGAGCGCAGUAGGGAAGCCAACCACAAAAGCCACCAACAGUACCUGCCCAAAACUGGAGGCACCCCUUAAUGGAAGGAAACUUGGCAAGUCUCAAAGUGUGGGCCAUGAGGUUCACUUCCUUUGUGACCCUGGUUAUGAGCUUGUAGGAUCAGAGAGCAGGGUUUGCCAGGAAACCCUGACCUGGAGUGGUCAGCAGGCCUCCUGUCGAGACAACAACAAGUGUGCGUGCUCUCCAUGUUUGAAUGGAGGGACAUGUGUGGAUGAAACAAGCAAGUUCUCUUGUGUCUGUGCAAAGGGCUGGGCUGGAGCUACCUGCCAGAAUCCUUUGCCGAAAUUUUUUGUCAUCAUGACAAACACCUCUGCAGCUACCUCCCCAGCCACUAAUGCUGCUGCUGCUGCCACCUUACCUGCUGCCACCACAGGGCUCUAUGUUCGUCCAUCACGUUGUACUAUAACACAAGGGACCACCCACUGCACCUGUGAUCCAGGAUACACCAUCUCUGGCAGGGACAGCAACACCUGCACUGACAUAGAUGAAUGUGAGCUAUUCCAUAAUGGCCAGACUGGGAGACUGUGUUUGCACGCUUGUGUUAACACACCUGGAGGGUACCGCUGUUCCUGUCCUGCUGGAUACAAUUCAACCAGAGAUGGACGCAGCUGCAAAGACAUUGAUGAGUGUGCCACCAGACAAAACAACUGCACAAAGGACCAGAUGUGCAUUAAUACAUAUGGAGGUUUCCAUUGUGUUCGAGUGGAAUGCCCCAAAAUCCCUCAUGCUACAUAUGUCAAGACAUCCCCAAUGCGUUGUGAGCGUAACCCCUGUCCAUUGGACAACAAGGCAUGCUCCCAGACCCCAAACUCCUUCUCCUACCACUACCUGGCUGUGGUCUCUAAUCUGUCGGCUCCUCGUGUCAUGUUCAGAGUCUCAGCACUGCGUCCAAUGGGUGACACACUUCGCUUCUCCCUACUGGGGGGAAAGCUCGCUCGGAGGCACUUCACAGUCCAGCGCUCGGACCGGCAGACGGGUCAGCUGAUGCUGGUGAGCCCCGUGCAGGGCCCCGCGGCACUGGAGGCGGAAGUGGAGAUGAGUGAGCUGGAGAAGGGGGUCCACUUGGGGAGGUUUAUUACCAAAGUCACUAUGUUUGUUUCUCAGUAUGAGUUCUAAAACUAGAGGUUGAAAAACAGGGAAAAACAGAAGCACAAUAUUCACAGGGCUGGUUUGUUGAGAUAAAUGUUUGAUGACAUAAUUAAUAUAAUCUGAUGUUUAAUACAAGUGUAAAUCAAAAGAAGCCUUUACUGUUUGUCUCAUGAGCUGCUGCAGCCUAGUAUAAAAUGUUUAGAAAGGUCAGCAAGAAUACACAUACAAACCUAUACAGAAUUGAUCCUCUAGUGAUAAAUAAAUCAAUACCAGUUUUGCACAGAACUUUGCAUUAAAUGUAGGAUAUGUGUUCUGCAGGGCCAUUUGAAAAAGAGCUGUAAUCAUGAAAAUGUUUUGAUGUUUGUUUGUGUUGUUUGACCACAAGAACAGAGUUUGUAUUGAUUAUUUCAUACAUAUGUAUUUCAUGGGGUAGGUAUGACAGGGACAGAUAUGAGGUAACAGUACAGCAAGGAACUGUGAACAUAGACACAGUCCAUCAGAGAGGAGCUACUUUUGACAGAAUAUCCUGCUUUGUUGUCACGGAGUUAUAUUUACUGGACAUGUAAUCAUGAUGCAUAAAGAUGUGUUAAAUUAUAUCAUUUCUUUUAUUCCAGUUUUGGUGCAGCUAUACUGUCA